AUGGCCCCUCUUGACAACCCCGCAGUCCCCAAGGGCUCCACUGUCCUUGUCACCGGAGCCAACGGCCUGUUGGGCUCCCACAUUGCCGACCAGUUCCUCGAGCAUGGCUACAAGGUCCGCGGCACCGUCCGGGACAAGGAGAAGAAUGCCUGGCUCCAGGCUCUCUUCGACAAGAAGUACGGCAAGGGCAGCUUCGAGCUUUUCAAGGUCGCCGACCUGACUUCCGAGGGCGCCUUCGACGAGGCCGUGAAAGGCACCUCCGUCGUCGCACACACUGCCAGCAUCACGAGCUUGGAAUCGGACCCCAAUGUUGUGAUUCCUCAGGCUGUUGCGUUCGCCGAGAAUGCCCUCAAGUCAGCGUACAAAGAGGUUUCCGUAAAGCGGUUCGUCCUGACCUCGUCAUCAUCGACUUGUUACCUCGCCGACCCAUCCGUGCCGGGCAUCAAGGUGACCGCAGACACCUGGAACGAAUCCGCGCUCAAGGCCGCGUGGGCUGAUCCUCCUUACACCCGGGAGCGCGCCGCUCCUGUCUACGCCGCCAGCAAGACACAGUCUGAACAGGCGGUGUGGAGGUACCACAAGGAAAACCGCAGCAGGCGCCCCGACUUGGUUGUAAACACGGUUCUGCCUAACUUCAACUUCGGCAAGGCUCUCGACCCAGUUAAUCAGGGCUACCCGAGCAGCUCCGGCCUCCCGGUCGCACUAUGGCAGGGACAGGUGACACAAAUUCACCAAAUGAUAAAGCCACAAUACUACAUCGACGUCCAGGACACCGGCAGGCUUCACGUCGCAGCCGCCGUCCUGGACCACGUCAAGGACAAGCGGAUCUUUGGCUUCGCCGGACGGUUCAGCUGGGAUGAGAUUCUGGACAUCAUCCGCGAGGCCGCGCCUGGCAGGAAAGUCCCCGACAACUUCUCUGGCGGAUCAGACCCUAAUGAGAUUGAGCCCCGCGAUGAGGCUGAGCAGUUGCUGCGAGACCUUGGGCGUCCGGGCUGGGUCAGUUUGAAGGAGAGCAUCCUGGCCAACAUCUCGGACUUGAAGGACGCUUGA